AUGGAUGACACUGAAGACUACAUUGCAAUAGUUGGAAUUGGCUGUAAUUUCCCAGGAGGUGAAGGCAUUGAUAAUUUCUGGCAAGUAAUUGUUGAGGGAAGAAACUGCGCAGUAGACAUCCCCAGUGAAAGGUUUGAUGUCAAAAAGUGGUAUGAUCCAGAUUAUAACAAACCGGGCAAAUCCUGGACCUGUCGAGCAGCUCUCAUCGAGGGACUGGAUGAAUUUGAUAACAAGCUCUUUGGAAUUUCCAAUUCGGAGACUGAAAACAUGGAUCCACAGCACAAAUUACUGCUUGAAUCUACCUUUCGUGCAUUGGAGGAUGCAGGAUACCCAAUGGAGAGUGUCAGUGGAAGCAACACUGGAGUCUUUAUAGGUCUUAUGAACAGAGAUUCGGAAUCAAUAUUUAAUGCUUAUGAAUCCUCAAUCAAUCAUUUUAAUGGCACUGGGACAGCAUCGAGUAUUGCAGCAAACAGGGUAUCUUACUGCUUCAAUCUGAACGGUCCGUCCAUGGUAAUAGACACUGCCUGCUCGUCCUCUCUUACAGCUCUGCAUUACGCCUGUCAAGCCAUCAAACAAGGAGACUGUGAGAUGGCGGUGUGCGGUGGUGUGAGCUGUAUUCUCGAACCAAGAAUAUUUGUUGCUCUUACCAAAGCAAAAAUGAUCUCUCCAGAUGGAAUAAGUAAACCAUUUUCCAAAAUGGCAGAUGGAUACGGAAGAGGAGAAGGAGCUGGAAUUGUUUUACUUAAAAAGCUGAACAAGGCAAAGCAAGACGGCAGCAAAGUGUGGGGAGUCAUAUGUGCCAGUGCAGUAAAUCAAGAUGGAAGAUCAAUGACACCAAUAACCAAACCAUCUCAAAGACAGCAGGAAGCUUUGCUGAAGACAAUCUAUUCUAUCAUUGACCCAUCUACAGUGCAGUACGUGGAAGCUCAUGGCACUGGAACCCCUGUUGGGGAUCCUGUGGAAGCAGCCAGCAUUGGAAACAUUAUUGGGAAAAAUUGUUAUAGUGGAUCUCCUCUAAAGAUCGGCUCAGUUAAAGGAAAUAUUGGUCACACAGAGUCUGCUUCCGGGGUGGCUGGUUUAAUUAAAGUUCUCCUAAUGAUGCACCAUGAAGUGAUUCCUCCAUCAUUGCAUUAUUCCAAAGAUCUAGGAAUUAUACAAAUAGAAGAAGCCAAUUUAACUAUUCCAAUAACUCCUGAAAAAUGGAGGGCUGAUAGUAAAUUUGGUAGAGUGGCCAGCAUUAACAGUUUUGGGUUUGGUGGGACUAAUGUUCAUGUUGUGCUGAAGCAACAUAAACAAAAUUGCUCAAAAUGUUUAUCAAAAAGGCCUGUUGAAAUGUUUGUUGUAUCUGCAGCUUCCAGUAAAUCCCUUCAACUCACCAUUGAAGACACAAAGCAGCAGUUAAACAAAGUGGACUCUUUGUCUUUUGAGAACUUGGUCUACACAUCUGUAUGUAGAAGAAGUCACAGAAACUUCAAAUUUAGAAAAGCAUUUCUAGCAUCAUCCUUAAAACAUUUACAAGAACAACUAGCAAAAGCAAACACUGAAUCAUUUCCUGCACAAAGAAGUCCUGAACUAGUGUUCGUGUUCUGUGGUAAUGGACUUCUAUAUAAAGGGAUGUGCAAGAUGUUACUGAGAUCAGAACCGGUAUUUAGAAAGAAAUGCAUUGAGAUAGAUGAGUUACUUCAGGUGUGUACAUCUCUUUCCAUGGUGAAGUUACUAGAGAGUGAGUUUGAUGACUUCUCCAGACCAGACAUUGCACAGUUACUGCUCUUUACCAUUCAAACUUCAUUAGUGGCUCUACUGAGACAUUGGGGAGUCAAACCAGACACUAUCGUUGGACACUCAGUUGGAGAAGUUGCUGCCGCCCAUUGUUCUGGACUUCUUUCACUUCAGGAUGCUGUGAAAGUGAUUUAUUACAGGAGCACAUUGCAAUCCAAAGUCACUGGAGGGACAAUGCUGGUAGUGAGCAAUAUACCUGUGACCGAAAUAUCAAAAGAUAUCAGGUCAUACGGACAAAGAAUAAACAUGGCCGCUUAUAAUAGUCCUACCUCAUGCACAGUGUCUGGCAAUGCAGAAUCAAUAGUAAAACUCCAUGAUCAAUUAAACCAACAGUACAGCAAAAGGAACAUAUUUCUUUACAAAUUAGAUGUUCCUGCAGCAUACCACAGUCAUUUGAUGGAUCCUAUAUUAGAGGAGAUAAAAGACAAACUGCAAGAUCUAACACCACACAAGCUUGAAAUAGAUCUUAUCUCCACUGUCACCGGAGAGAAAGCUACUAAUGGAGAUUUUACAACUGGUGAUUACUGGGCCAGAAAUAUUCGAGAGCCAGUUCUUUUUGACAAAGCUAUAAGAUCUUCUAUUAAACAUAAUGAAAAUGCAGUGUUUAUUGAAAUUGGUCCGAGGAGAGGCUUAGAGCGCAAUAUUAAGGAAAUUGUGGGGCAAACCAGUAAUGUUUUGCCUGCAAUUCAGCUGGACAAGGAAUACGAGAUAAUAUUUUCCAUUCUGGUGAAACUUUUUACAGAAGGAUACAAUCCUGACUGGUGCAACAUCUAUGAAACAUAUAAAUCUCCACCAGCAGCUAUUCCCAGAUAUCAGUUUGACCAUGUUAAAAAAUACAUCAACUUUGAGAAAAUCCAUCAAGGAAACCAAAGUUUUGCCAAAUGGAGUCAUUCUCUAAUUCACAGUAUGAACGAAGAUUUCACAGAAUUUAGAUGCACAGUCUCUAAAGAACACACACCCUACAUCUAUGAACACAAAAAUAAUGAAAUGGUGUUAGUUCCAGGAUCAUUCUAUGUAGAGCUUGCUCUGACAGCUACAAUUUCCAGUUUAAAGCCUAAAGUGCCUUUGAGUUCACUCAGUGUGUACAUACAUUUCAAUAGGCCUUGUAUUGUUAACCAGGAAACUCUUAACUUAACUAUUAAGCUGGAAGAAAUGAACAAAGUGACACAUUUUGAAAUCUUGUCUUCACAUCUUUACGCAAGUGGAAAAAUAGAAAGAAACUUCAUAUCUGUAGAAGAAAAGAAAAUCUCAUUUCAACAUAUCUUAAAAAGAUGUAAUUUAGUUUUGAAACAAGAUGAAGUUUAUGAAUCCCUAUCACUUUUUGGAUUUCAGUAUGGGAAAGCAUUCCGACAACUAUCAGACAUACACUAUGGGGGAGAAUUAAAGGAAGGUCUUGCGAGAGUCACUGUGACGGAAGAGAUCGAGGAAACAAUGUAUGAGAAUUACAUUCAUCCGGUAGUCCUAGACAGCUUUUUUCAAAUGAGUGUCAUUGCGGGAACACAAGACAAAGAACCCACAGUCCUCUUCCCCUCUGAAGUGGGAAGUCUUACAAUACUCAGGCCUCUACAAAAAGUAAUGUAUAUACACCUAAAAACAAUAAAAAAGGCAAAAAAGUAUUUUGUUGUUUGUGGAUGCUUUUCAGAUGAAAAUGGUUUUAUUUUAGUUGAAAUAAAACAUUCCAAGAUCACAUUUCUUAAACAGUCAAAGAACGAACUAAGAAACAUUUUCUUCCAAAACAAAUGGGUCCAAGUACCAGAGGAGAUGAAUAAACCAACUCUGACACCAAAAACUCUAGUGUUUGCUGAUAGUAUAGGGAUUGGCCACCAGUUAGCUGAAUUUACAGAUGAUGGACUGGAGUUUGUACAUUUUAACAGCUGGGAUUUACAUGAACAAUUAACGAAAAAAAUCAAAAGUAAGUAUAAGGAGAUUUUGUUUAUGUGGGGAAUUCACACACCCAGUGAAAGUUCUCAAAAUCUGACUCACUACUUAGCAAAAUGCUGUGAAACAUAUCGACAAGUGAUUCUGGCUGUGAAACAACUUAUUCCAGGAGCCUCUAUAAGAACAGUCACAUUCAGAACAGCUGGAACCACGGUGGAUCACAUUAAUCCAGGCUUUGCUCUGAUUGGGAUGACUAGAAGUUGUAUAAUUGAGAUGUCUGACAUAACAUUUCAGCUGAUUGACAUUUCUUCUUCAAAUCGGGAAGAUGUAAAAACUCUGGCACAUGUUGUCCACAAUUUCAGUCCAAAGAACUAUCCAGAAAUUUGGAUAAACAAGGGUCAGAUAUUCACUAAUGAAGUUGCUAGAACUGAGAUGGACAUUGGAGAACAAAGGGUGCAUACUGUGCCUUUGAAAAAGUCUGACAGUUUUAUCUUACUUACUGAGAAUCCAUACAGGGUAACAGAGCUUUCAGCUGAACUAAAUAAUUCCAGUGACAUAAAGCUCACAGAAACAUGUGUUGAGGUUCAGAUUGAUUUGAUAUGUUCGCAUACAGAAGAUUUUUUUCCUGUUACUACCUCAAGCUUUGAGUUUGGAAAUACUUUGUACUGGAGCCAUUUGUCUAAGGAAAAACAUAACCUCAUUGCUCUGGAUUUCACUGGCACUGUAACAAAAGUUGGAAAAGGUGUUAAGAAGCUUAAAGUGGGUGAUCGCAUUGCUUCAUGUUAUCCUACAGCUGCAUCAUCCAGAACAAGUCUUCCUGAGUCUGUCUGUUACUUAAUCAAGAAGAUCCCAGUCUUAAGGAAACUGCCUUGUGUGUCUCUUUUUAUUCUAGCCUGGGAAAUUUUCCAUCGUCAACUGCCACCAGCAAAAAAUAAACCUAAGCUCAUAAUUAUAUCUUCAGCAAAAACCUCCAUCCUGAAUAUGAUUCUCAUUAAUACUGCAAAAAGAAGAGGAUGGGAUCCAAAAGUAUCAUCGGAGAUUGAUAUAAAUGCCAAGCAGUGCAGCGCCAUGAUUAUUCUGCAUUCAUCUACAAACAUUUUGAUGGAAGAUCUUUCUCAAUUACCCUUACUUAAGGAUUUAGUUUUAAUACGUUUCCAGGCCUUAAAUGAACACUGCAGGCAGGAUAUACACAUUUGUUUACUCAAUCCGGUUACCAUCUUGCAGAGAGGAUAUAUAUGUCGGUUUUCCAAAGACAUUUACAAAUGGCUACAGUCAAUACAUGAAGACAUAUCUCUAAAUCUGUCAACUUCCACACACGCUAGCAUAAACUGCAUUGAUGAUACAGGAUUCAGCUACUUCACAGCCCAUUCUUUACCACUUCUUGACCUUGACAAAAACAUCUCAAGUAUCUCACUGAUUGCAAAACAGGAAACACUAUUUAAACGUGGUGCUAUUUACAUAGUCACCGGUGGACUGACUGGUCUUGGAUUUGAAACAGUAAAGUUCAUUUUACGGAAUGGUGGUGGCAACAUUGUAAUUCUUUCCAGACGAAAUCCCACCCCUGAAAUGCGACAGGACAUAAAAAAGGCUAAGGGUGAUCAGAAAAAUGUCAUAAUCACAACCAUCUCAUGUGACAUAAGCAGUUACUCAGAGGUAACAAAAACCAUGCAUACUAUUCAGAAAAUAUUCCCCAACAUUCCAAUCAAAGGUGUUUUUCACAGUGCUGUAGUUUUACAUGACGGGGUUCUACAGCAUCUCGACAUAUCACUGUUUGAGAAGGUGUUGAAGCCUAAAGUGGAUGGGGCAAUAAAUCUGCACCGUGCUACAAUAAAUCAGGAACUGGAUUAUUUUGUAUGUUAUUCCUCUGUUGCUUCAUUUGUGGGAAAUGCUGCACAAGCAAAUUACGCAGCUGCCAACUCAUUUCUAGACAUAUUCUGUCAAUACAGAAGGAAUAUGGGUCUUUCUGGUCAAUCAAUCAACUGGGGUGCCCUCAAUCUUGGACUUUUAAACAAAAGAAACCACGUUCAAGAAAUGUUGGAAGCAAAAGGAUUAAUUCUUUUUAACACCGAGGAGAUGCAUAAACAUCUUAAAAAAUGUCUUAAACUUAAUAAUUCCCAACAAGCGAUCAUCAAAUUUGAUGUUCAGAUCAUGCAUGAUAACCUUCUGUCUUAUGUUCCAACACUGAAGAAGCGAAUAUACAAUGCAAUUAGGGAAGAAGUUAGUACUACGAAGGAUACAAUUCGUGCUAAUGUGUCUUCCAAACAUACUAACAUGAAAUCAGAAGAUUAUGUGAUGGCAGUGAUUAGUGAACUGACCAGUCUCAGUUUAAGUGAUAUCAUCAUGGACUCCUUCCUGAAUUCAUUGGGAAUUGACUCUAUGUUGGGCAUGACAUUACAGAACCGAAUACUUCAGGAAAAGAAUGUUCUCAUACCUAUUGUGAAAUUACUUGAUCCCAGCACUACUAUCUCAUCAAUUGUAUCCAUACUGAAUGAAAAUACUAACAAUUCACUAGAAGAAACAAAAUUUUAA